AGCAGCUAUAAAAUGUCCUGCAUUUUAAACACAAACAAGAAGAGAACGCAACAAACGUCUCCAUAUUACAGGUUUGAACGCACCUCCGUUUAAGAAGAUGAGUGACGGCUUCACCAUUGUGACCUACGUGCACCCAUUACUGAUGGGUCAAAAUCCCCCAGCUGGCAAUAACAUGGGAAAUGCAUCCACGCCAUCGAUACUUCCGUUUCUGAAAGGCCAUCUGAAAGCACUGGCGACCAUCCAAAUAAUGAUUGGGGUGGUGACAUUUCUGUUUGGAAUUGUUCUGGCCUUCAACUGGAAUAUACCCAUUUCCGUUAUUAGUGGAAUUGUGUACUGGGGCUCGCUAAUUUACAUCAUUACUGGAUCUCUGUCUGUCGCAGCAGAACCCAAACUACAUCCCUGUUUGAGGGAGACGGUCAGAGUCAUUGGAGUGCUGGCAGUUUUGUCUCUGCUUCAGUUCUUCAUCUCCAUCUGCAUCUCAGCGUUCGCCUGUAAAGCCACCUGCUGCUCUGAACCGAUGGUACCUGUUGUAACUAUUGCCCAUCCUGCUCACAUCAACCCACAGGGGAUCAAUGGAGUCACGUACAGUCCACCAACAGGAAGUCCUCCAGCGUACAGCAUGGCAGAAAGCCAACUAACCAACUGAUGCUAAUUAUUUGCUGCUUGUAUGAAAAUAAAUGGAGAAGAUUGAAAUUAAAUUACAUUCAUUUAUGUGUUGUGUAUAGAUGUAAAGUGUUAUAGAUGUAAAUGAAAAUGAACAGUACCUACAUUGGGCCUUUAUAACACAUUCAUAA